UCCAUGCACGCAGCCUUAUCAACAGGCUUCAGCUUUCAAACAUCAACAACCUCCAAGAGCUCGAUCGCCAAAGUUGCACAAAUGGAAGCCAAAUCAUCUCUGCGUACUUUCACCCAGUGCUUUCCUCCCUGCAGAUGGAUUAAAUUGGGAGAGCUCGACGCGCUGCUCGUCGACGUCUCAGGUCUGGGAUUCAAGAAGGAAGACCUCAAGGUUCAAGCUGACACAUCAGGGAAGCUGACUGUGAGCGGAGAGUGCGCUGUAGAAGGCAAUCGAUGGCGUCGGUUCCUGAAGACCUUCCAACUUCCCAAGGAUUGCAACGUGAGAGUGAUCGAGGCCAACCUGGACAAGGAGACUCUCUACGUGGUUCUGCCGAAACCUGCAGAUAAAAUGGUGAAAGAGAGAGGAGGUGGAGGCGUUUUGAGGGAUCCGAGGAAGCGUAAGACGUUGAUUCUUAGCACGGUUCUGGUCAUCGUGCUCGUAGCAGGGCUGGGAAGUUACAUUGCCUCCAAGUUAUUGUGAUAAAAAUUGCAUAUUUGUGUCUCUGUUCAUGAAUUGAAUCUCUGAAUUGCUUGUGACGAAACGAAUAUUAAUC